UUGUUUAGGUUGGGAGCCCACUAUAGAACAACCGGCAGUGUUGGGACAGAACAGGAGAUCCGGGUCGCACAGAUCAUCAGGCAUGAAAACUAUAAUAACCCGUUGAUCUAUAGCAAUGACAUCGCCCUGAUUAAGCUCUUAAAACCUGCAAAUCUUGGCGUAGGCAUCGGGCUUGUCUGCCUGCCUGAUAUGCAACACGCUCUUCCUUUUGACAAUUUGAACAAAAAGUGCUGGACUACGGGCUGGAGUACACUGUCCUCAGGGGGGUCCCAGCCAAAUACACUUAUGGAAGCUCAGAUUCCAUUGGUCUCCAAGAGGCGUUGUGUGAAUUUCUACCCUGGAAAGAUUGAUGAUUCGAUGCUCUGUGCUGGCCUCGAUACAGGAGGAGUUGACACUUGUCAAGGCGAUAGUGGUGGUCCAUUGGUGUGUGAGUUUAACGGUACAUGGUUUCUUGAAGGCGUAACUAGUUGGGGUUACAGAUGUGCGUAUGCUUCUAAGUAUGGAGUAAAUGUUAACGUUAGAGAUAUGAAAGCAUGGUUAACAAACCAUAUUUAUCAAGCAAUACCGCCUAAUGUUUUACCACAAAAUCAAUCGGUGUCCGCGUUAGGUAAGUACACUAAACAGCUUUUAUUAUUGUUUUACAAACCCCUGUCUAGAUCUUACAAACUGAGAAAAAGGUUCCCUUGCUCUCGACUCACCACCUAGCCAACGUUUAUUUACUGGUUUUAGGUCACUGACUAUGUAAUCGUCACAUUGUCGGUGCCAUUGCAUUUAUUUUUUACUGCCAUUGUUCCAAUACCGUUCGUCUGUAUGGGACAGUUGUGGAAAUGGGAGCAAAUUUUAUCUAGAUAAGCUAAACAGAGGUGCCGCCUGUAUUAUUGAGGGUCCAUCUAUCAGGGCUGUGUGCGUCUUGGUCUUUAAAUGUCUUCAUGGAAUGUCGUCAUUGUACUUACAUUCGGAGGUUAGGUACACUCACCAACAAGUUCAUGGCUACAACAGCAGCAGCCAUGAUUUGUUGGGUUCUCCUGGCGAAAACUGCUACGUUCCAAAGUGACGCUCAGUGAAUUUAAGAUUAAGCUCAAACGCCAUCGUAGACAAUAAUACCUGCACACUGUACAUGUUGCCUUGAUAACUCAACUGAUUGUGUAGUCUCUUUAAUGUUUAAUUUUAAUAUCGUUUUAUUACUCAUUCAAAAUAUUUCGCCAAUUCUGGUUGGCUAAAAGCACACGCAUAAUUCACCAUAACCAGUUAGUCAUGACCCAAUUGGGAAGAAUUUUGCGUUUACCGAGGAAAUGAUGUCAAAAAUGCAGCCUUCUACGGGUUAAUGAACCGUUAACCGAGAAGACCUGGGGACGAGGUUGAGUUGUUUUGAUUGUGAAAACAAAAUGGCUGACACCUCACUCGUUUCAAGAGUAAGAACUAGAGCUUGAACUAGGCUAAGUAAUGGCUAAAAAUCAUAUCAAAAACAGCAAGAAGACAACUCGGAGUGCGACAUCUGCUAUUUUGAGAAUAUUUGCCCAGCUGGACAAACCUAAACGUACACUAUCGAAGAUGAGCUUCACAUCGAUGGAUCGAUGGAGGUAUAUAGCAAGCAUGUUUUAGCUAUGUUUUUAAAGUAGGAAUUAUUUUGAAUGAAUAAUAAAACAAUUAUUGAAUUCGGCUUUCGUAUCAUAUGAAGAAUUAUGGAGAAUUAUUCUUCAUAAGAUCCUCAGCCUCAUUGAUUUCAUUAAUUGUUAAGUUUUGGUUGUGUCAGGACUUCAUUUAAAGGAGCUCUGCUAAAUUAGAUGCCCCUGGUUAAAUAUUCAUUUGAAUAAAUGAAAAAUAAAUUUGUUUAUUAGUCUUAACCAGGAAGUUGAUGUUUGGAGGAAAAAUGAAAAUGUUUGUUUGUUUAUCAUUUAUUUAACGUGUUUAGUAUGGUGCUCAUUUGACAAUGGAUUAUGCUCCGGAUGGAACCAAUCUUCUUCAGAUGAUUUUGAUUGGACACUUUCGUCUGGUUCAACACCAUCCGCGUCUACAGGCCCGUCUUCUGGUCAAGGGGGAUCAGGUCAGGUUUAGUUAUUAUGUUUCAUUUCAGUCCCCAUUUCCUCCUCACUGCAGAGGAAAUACUGCUUAAAUUAACUAUGAGUUCCCGUAGUUAUUUCAACGAAGUAAAAUUUAAUGUAACUAUGUUGCACGUAUGCAGUUAAAGUCUCUACUUAUUUGUAACUAAAUUCAAUUAAGUGCCCGUAGCCAUUCUAGUGAAGUGUAUUUAAUCUGUGUUAUACAUACAUAUAAUGAUUAAACCUCAUUAGUUAUGAAGUAUUUUACAUUAUAUGUGGAUUUUUAUUAUGCGUUUUUUUGGUCAAAGCUGGCUCUUAACGAAAAGAACCGAAGACAACUUUUUUGUUGACAUUUCUUUUAAAAGAUGCAACAACAACAUGUAAACAAUCAAAAGCAUAAACAUCAAAACCACAACAAAUCACUCACUUGCGGUUCAUAGCACAAGACAAGGCUAAAACUUUAUUUUUACACCACACACAAAAAACAAAAACAAAACAACACGACGUUACUACUGAGUAUGUAAGAUACUUAAGGUACAACAUAGAAACAAAUAGCUAUAAAGCUAAUCUAGGUAGGAGUCAUUAUACACUUUAAAAACAAUAAAAGAGGUUAUUACAUGGAUGCACAUCCAGCUGUCCAGUCGUCCUUUUUUGAUAGUUUGAGUAAUAUUUCCCUUCUCCUCUUUCCUUAAAGGAAAAUAUAUGUACAUUGAAACGUCGUCCCCAAGAAGACCCGGCGACAAAGCCAAGCUUAUUCUUACUGUUCCAAACAACGGAGAAAUGUCGUGCCUUUCAUUUUACUAUCAUAUGUAUGGCGCUACAGUUGGAACUCUCAACGUCUUCAGCGGAAACAGCAAAGUCUUUAAUAUUUCAGGACAUCAGAGUACUAACUGGAUUAUGGUGGAAAGAAACAUAAUUCUGAAUGGAGUGGUGAGAGACAAAAAA